AUGGAGUUAGUGAACAGGAGUGAGAAAGCAGAAGUCGAAAGCAACGGCUGCAAAGGUGAGAUAGCGUUUUUGAACUCAUUUGGAAAAGACGGAUGUGCUAUCUGCAGGAAGCCGGCGUUCAAACCCAAGAGCGGAAGCCCGAUUCCAGCAAAGAGGAAGCUAGUGAAGACGAUGAUG